AUGAUAAACAAAGAAGAGUUAUUUAAAAAGAUCAUUGGAUCAGUGACACUAAGAACAACGAUAUUCAAUCAUGUGAGAGAGAUUAGAAUGUUGGAUGCAACAUUGUACAAGAUACCAGGAACAAAGUACACCGUCGAACUUGGUCGAAUCAUUGAAGAUCACCAAUUCAUCAUAAGAAAGUAUGCAUUGUGGUAUCCACUUUUUUUUAACCAUACAAGACCACAUACAUUUACGUUGGGUGCAUUGGAUACAAUCACUGGUUUGCUACAAAACUCUGUAUCCAAGUUGGUCAAACGUUCAAUACAACUCAUGUCUUUGGAGAAUGCAAAUGAUGGUGCUUCUGCUUCUGGUUCUGGUGGUGGAGGACUUCGAUGCAGACACAUUGCCUUGAGUAUAAUGGAGCUCUAUACUGAUCAAGAAGCAGCCGGUUAUUGUGUGGAGGAUGCUUGUGAAGCUGUAGAUAAAUACUACAAUGAAGAACCUAGCGUAUUCUAUGUGUACCGAGUAUCACAUAUUAUCGAGAUGUUCAAGUCUGCUGCCGGUAGUACCAAUCUAUACACAACAACUGUCGUCUUUCUCCAUCAGAUCAUAGAGUACAUACUUAAUAUGAUCACAAAUACAAUUGCCAGGACAAAGAAAGAAAGAAAGACUGGUAAGUCAACUACCAAGAUCCCAAUCAGCUCUCAAGAAGUCAAGGAAAUAUUAAAAGCAGAUAACUCUACUUUUGGGUUCUUUUUUAGAGAUGAAUUAGAGCCUCCACAAGCCUCUGCUACUCUUGGUCAAGAUUCAAUAAAGUUGUUGGAGAAAAUCAAAGAGACCGAUCAGCUAUACACUGAGGAUCUUAAUGAAGCUAUUGAUAGCAUUAACAAUCCAAAGGACGAAGAUGAAGAAAACGACGACGACGACGACAACGACGACGAUGAUGAUGACAACACCCGACCAGACUUUGGAGAGUUGGUGGGCGAACUUCCAAUCGAGAAUCUUUGUAAAAUAGCCAAAAUGUUGGCUGUCGAUAUUCAAACAUGUUUGGAUAAAAAAAAUCUAAUUCAAAAGAAGAUUAUGAAUGAAAUCAAACAAUUGAAAUCAAAGAAUAUGAUUUUUAAAAUGUAUGAAGAUGAUGGAGAUGUCGAUGCAUCACAAUACAGUAAGGCUAAUCUAUUUCAAAUAUCUGAAUGGUAUGAAUGUAUGUGCGAAAAUGACGGGUAUCAUGAUGUUUGGUUCAAAACUCCAGUACAAGCAUUCAAAGAAUUUGGAGAUCCAAAGGAACUUGACGAGAUGUCAGACUUUGAAAGCAACGACAGUGACGAAGAUGAUGAUAAUAGUGACGAUGAUUACGAACAAGAAGAAGAAGAAGAAGAAGAAGAUAGUGAAGAUGAUUGGUGA